UAAAAGUCAAAGCUAACUUAAUAAUGGCGACGAACGCCGAAGGUCCUUGUGAAUCAAAAUUACCUACUGUGUUGAAUAUAGGGGGAAACUUAACGACAAGCGAGGAAAAUGCUUCAAGCACACAGCAAAUUACAAGAUGCCCAGCCACUAGUGCGCCACAGGAUACACAACUGCAGCAACAUGAGUAUGAAGCUGUGCUCGAUAUGAUAGGUUUCGGUUGUGCGCAAUGGAUAAUACUGCUGGUGUGCGGCUUGCUUUUGAUGGUGGUUAUCGACGAAACAGUCGGCAUGAGCAUCAUAACGAUCGCUUCACAAUGCGAUUUUGCUACAUCUGCGAUUGAUAAGGCCAUAAUGAAUGCGUCUAGUUUUGCGGAAUACAANUUGCUACUGCCAGAUAGCCCCAAAGUCCUGUUAUCUUUGGGUAAACAUGAUGAAGCUCUAUCAGCUGUUAAUUGGAUAUGUAAACGCAAUACCGGUAAAGAUUUAAAACAAAUUGGUGUAGAAAAAUUGAAGGCCGAAACAGAAUUGGAAACCGAUAGAUUGUUUUUAACAAGCAAGUCGUGGCAUGACACCGUGAAGAAUAUUUGGAUGGAAACUCGUCCGUUGUUCCGCCGUCCAUACGCUCUAAAUUUUUUGAUAUGUUGUACUGUUACGGCCGGGAUGUUCUUCAGCUCCACCGGCAUGUCUCUUUGGUUUUCAGAGAUCCAAAAUAGAGCUAACUCAAAUACAAAUGGAAGUCAUCUGACUAUUUGCGAAUUGAUUGAUCUUUCAAUACAGGAUGAUGAAGCGCUAGCCAAUUCUACGCAGAUCUGCAGCGAUCACAUCAGCAACAAAACUUAUAUUGAUUCGAUUUUACUUGGGCUGUGCUUUGUCGUGGGCUAUGCUUUGUUAGGCCCGGUAAUAAAUAUAUUUGGACGCAAAGCUACAAUUAUUGGAUCUUUACUUUUGAGUGCCAUAUUCUGCGUUCUUAUGCUAGUGUUGGUUAAUCCAAUGGCGAUCGUCAUAUGCUUUAUUCUAUUUGUCACUAUGCCAGGUAUCUGCAUAUCGCUAUUGGGCAGCGGAGUGGUCGAUCUGGUGCCUACACAUUUGCGUGGCAAAGCUGUUUGCAUUUGGUCAUUGCUUGGGCGUGCUGGGAGCAUUUUCGGAAGCAAUGUUAUCGGUGCGUUAUUAGCCUCUUACUGCAAUUUCACAUUUAGCUUCUUCGCUGGCUCCGUAAUUGUUUGUAUGUUCCUCACAAUCAUACUGCCUAUUUGAGUACAACAAAUACUUCUGACGACUGUUAAUUAAAUCGAAAGCUGUGAGCGUACCUUCGUUGUUGAAGUGAAUCAAUUAUUUUGUCAAAAAGUGUAUUAUACAUAUAAAUAUAUAUGUACAUAUGUCUAAGAUGACAAUGGUAUAACAUUCUUAUGUGCUCUCUUUUUGCAUAUACAAAUAAAGUUAGUGCAAGUAUUGUACUCUAUC